GGCAGACAGAAGAGGAAAACCCCAAUCGGCAGCACACGUUCCAAGCAAGACUGAAGGAAGAAAAACCACCGUUUGCUGCUGCCCUGCCUGGCGGCUGGCUCUGUGGGUGAUGGAAUUGGCUCCUCUCCUCUUCAUCAGCUUGCUGUGGGGCUGUAGUGGGAGGCCAACCAACAAGCUGGUGGUGGUGCCAAAGGAGCCAGUGGUGCAGUACGGAGACGCAGUGCAGCUGAACUGCUCAUUGCCCUGCCCAGACGGCACCGUGCAGUGGAAGGGGCUGGACACCAACCUGGGCAGCAUCGACACCUUCCUCACCCACAGCAUCCUGAAGAUCAGCAGUGUCGAAGUGGCCACUGAGGGCAUCAAGAUCUGCGUGGGCACCUGCGGUGACAUCAGCUACCAGGAAACUGCCAACCUGAAGGUCUACUCUCUCCCGGAGGUGCUGCAGCUCAACGUAGACCAAGAACUGAUACCGGGGCAGCCAUACACAUUGCGCUGCUCAGCUUUGCAUGUGUACCCCAUAGAAGAGCUGAACCUCCGCUGGUACCGGGAGAACAAAUUGUUGACGGAUGUCUUUGAAGAAACAGAGACCGAUGAGGGACUAUUUGAUGUUACCACCACAGUGUGGGUGCCAGGGGAGGAUGUGGUAGAAGGGGUGGUGUUCAGGUGUGAGCUGACACUGAGGAUUGGGUCAAAGACCUUCACCCGCGUGGCACCCGUUCCUGUGAGCAGUAGGGCUGUUACGGAGCAGCCAACGGCCGUGGUCACAUCCACAGAGAGCCCCCACACCACAGUGCCCACAACGGCGAUCCACAACAUCACUGGGCCUGCAGCCAUCACAGUGCCAUCCCCAGAACCACAGGAACCCAGCACAGCCCUGAACGCUGUGUCACAGAGACCUGAGACCCCCACAGAGUGGGUUACUGCAUCCAAACCCACCCUGCCUGAGCACCACCAGGACCCUGCAGUGGGCACAGCAUCGCUGCAUCUGGACAGCACCACAGCCCCCAGCAUGGGCACUGUGAGCCCUGCAGCCACCCAGGGGGCAGCUAUGGAUGGCAGCAGCCCGGACUCCCACGUAACAACACCCACCUGCAGCCUGCAGAUCUGGUCGCUGCCUCCCUAUGGGACACGAGGCAGAGCUCUGCGCAUUCAAUGCCAGGCACAUUGUGCCCAAAAUGCCUCCGUCCGUUGGCUGCACACCCCCGUGGCUCUGUCCCAGUACCGGGAGGAGGCAGUGGGCAGUGGUUCCACGCUAUGGUUGGACCGGGCUGAGCCCCAUCACCAAGGUCACUACCAGUGCAUCCUGCUGGGCCGCCAUGCACAAGCAGUCAGCAUGCAGCUGGUGGUCUCUGAGGAUACAUCCAGCUCCAUCCUUCCCAUAGCUGUGGGGACAGUGUUCUCACUCCUGGGGCUGAUAUUGAUUGGUGCCGUAUCUCGUCGCCUGUGGAAACGACUUAAAUCCCACUAUGACAUGUCCUAAGGGCGGAGGCUGCCCCAUUCCUCCCCCCCCCCCAGCUCCUGCCAUCCUCCUUUCUGCUGCUGGCCACGCAGGAAGCCGAGCCCACCUUCAGCGUUAGGACCACCAGAGGCAGCAGGGCGGGGGGAGCUCAUUUCCAGGCCCCCAGAAGAGCAGCUCCAGCCCAAGGGCUGACAACACAGAGCUGGCCGGGCUGCUGCUGCAGUCCUUGACAGCAGGUGGGCACUGAGAGCUCGUGGUGUGUGUGAGCAGGGCUGGGGAAGGGCAGUCUGCCCCGACCCAUGGCGAAUGGGGCUGUGAGGGCUGGGAUGGAUGGGGCUGUGCAGUCCUGGGCCUGCAGCCCGCGGUGAAUCCCGCUCAGCGCAGCCCCCUCAGGCUGUAGGAGGAGGAGGUGGGGAUGGAUGCGCGGUGCUGGGUGGAUAACAGCAGCGUCGUGACUUUCAAUAAAAGGGCUUUAAUUUG